AAACCCCCCACACACUCUCUCACUUUCUCUCACUACAUGUUUCUCUCUCCAUUUCGCGGAAACCUAAAGUGGUGACGACUAGGGUUUUCGGGAGAUUCGCGCUCUAAUUACUCUCCAUCGCCUUCAAAUCUUGAUAUCUUAAACAUGAACGACAAUGACGAGAGGGGCAUUGUCCCAGUAUUAAACUCCAGCCACUCAACUGUUAAGAUUGAUUCUUUAUGUAUUAAACUGGGCAUUAAUGCGAAGGAGAAGGAUGAUUCUUCAAAGUGUAGCCAUUUUUCUAUACGAGGUUAUGUUGCUGGAAUGCGUGAAAAGGGUAACAGUAACUUGUUACCUUUUACUGAAGAACUGCCACCUAUGGAGAUCCCGAAGUUUAGAUAUUGGCUUUGUGAAAAGUGUUUGCAGAAUAACGAAACUGCAAAUGCCUCAACCGACGCCACGUUAAUCUCUGCGUGUGAUCAUUGUGUGCUUUCACCUUCUGCAAGAUCAUACCCUCAACAAAAUGUUAAUGGAGUAGCAGUUCUCCCUUUCGGUGAGGGCACUUCAGGUUCUAAACCUGUUGAUAAAAAGAACAAUGAUGAAACGAUCAGUGCUGCUUUAGAAGCUGAUGAAAGUCAAAAUUCUCUAGAAAUCCCCGAUAGAGUCAAAAUUUCUCAAGAACUAACGAAACAUUGUACCAUUGACGCUAAUGCUGGUAAAAAAGUGAGCAGUGAGUUGAAAGAUCAUGAGAAUGCUCAAAAGUCAAUCAUAGUUGACGAGACCAUAAGUCAACCUUUCGAAUCUGGUCAGCAGAGUGAUAAUUACCAAAAUGGACAUCCAAGACGAAAGGCUCGAAAAGUGCGUUUACUGAAGGAAUUGUUGUGUGGAAAUAGUGAAAUUAAGCAACAGAAAAAGGACAACUCGUCUUCAUCACCUUCUUUCCAGGUUAAAAGGAAAAUACUGCAUGAUAAUGACGAUCAACAACAGAAUCAUGAAAAUGACAACGAUCAUCGACAUGAUCCUAAAAAGGCGAAGGAUGCAAGUGCAAAAAACAAUGUGGUGGAACAAUCUAGAAAUCCAGGAGGUCGUGAAUUUGGAGAAAAUGUUAAUAAAUACGAGUGGAAUAAACACGGGACUCAGAGGAGUUCGAUUCAUGAUAAAGUUGGCAGUGAUCCAAUGCCACCUUGGCGAUCGAUAUUCAGUGAUAUGGGAAGAACAGACAAUCGGGUUCCGCCAACUUACAGUGUGUCUAAAAGCAGAGGAACAGAACCCUAUCCCAACUUCAUGAAUCCACUAAAGUCAGACAAAAAAGUCAACUCUUCGAAGAAGAUGUCAAACAAUCCUAUUAAAAGUAAUUUUUUUGUGGAUGAUUCAAGGAGGAUGAAGAAUGAUAGUCUGGCAGACACGGGGUUAGGGCUUGAUCUUUCACUUAAUUAUGACCCGCAGUCUCACGGUCGAUCUCAACUGCCAAUUCUGAAUCGACCAUCUAACCAGGAUUACAGUAGAAAAUCUGGUUUUUUCUUGGGGGAAUCGAGUAAUUUUCCACUUAGGAUUCAACCGGAUUCGAUAAAAGCAAAAGAAAGAUCCGUUCAUGAGAAACAGCUCUAUACACAACUUCCGUAUGGGAGUUGCUCUGGGCAUCAGAAAUUGGAUUUUUCUGAUCCGUACAAGAGGAACAUUGGAGUUGGAGGGUACUCUGAACUUACGAGGCCUAAUAAUCAUCAAAGACAAGAGAAUGUGUUUUCAAUUGGGAGAUCAGAUGAACGGGAAGUUAUCGAGCUUAUGGCUAAAAAUCAGUACGAGAGGAAUUUAUGCGAAGCUAACAAUGGGAUAAUAUCCGGUUUUCACAAACCCAUGAAUGAAGGAAUGACAUCAUCACAUCGUGAUUAUCUCACCAUGAUAAGACCACCUGCAACGAAUGAGAACGUGGGUCCUAUGAGAAAUCCAGCUGGCGGCUUCUUCUAUCAAGAUCGAGUUUCUUCCUUUGCAAUGAAUCAGAAGAAACCGUUAAAUGGCGUUUGGAUGUCGGAUUCUGGACCUCAGAGACAUUAUGAUUCGCGUUAUCAUUAUGCGUCUAAUGGGAAUAAUAAUAAAAGACCCCAAACCCACCUCUAUAAUCCCAGUAAUAUGCAGGUACUUGAAGCUUUUAACAAGUACAACAAUGGUACACAUCAUCAUGAAGGCGCCAACAUGCAAUUUGGUCAGACGUAUGCAAAAUACUCAGAUAAAGAUAAGGGAAAGAGUAUGAUGGAUUUGGAUCUGAAUCUUGUGGCUCCAAAUGUCGUUGAAGAGCAAAACAAUUUUGAAUCUUCGGAUUUAAACACAAACCGCAUGCAUUCGUUUGAUUCUUCAUAUUCAAAUGAAACCAUACCCGCAAUGCAAUUGCUAAGCUUAAUGGAUGCAGGGAAGUUAAGUCAACCGUUCAGCUUGACCAGUCAAACAUGUGCAACAAAACCGAAACCGAAACCGAACUCGUAUUGUUUUAGUCAUUGUAGCUCAACCCUGACGGAAAAAACUAACUCGAUGGUCAAUCCGAUUGGAAGCUCACAUACCAGUGUGUUUCGAACUGGUCAAAAUGUUAAGUAUGGUCAACAAGUUUAUCAUAAACAACAAGAGGUGAAGUCAAGGGGUACAUCGUUUGCUUCUGUAGGCCGCAGACCAGAGGAUUCUUAUGUUUUUCCUUCUCAAUGGCAGGCAAAUGAAGGUCAAAAUAAAGUGGUCAACAGAGCUUUUCGACCAAUGUCUGACUCACCGAGAACUGAGAUCUGCACGAUUAACCGAAACCCGGCUGAUUUUAGUACACCAGGACCCGAAAAUGCUUAUAUGAUUAACGUUGAAGAUCUGGUUGUUAAUGUGGAGAGUUAUGGAUCAAACAGUCAAAAGAAGGCUGCAUCUUGAAUCUGUUUUGAGAUAAAAAUAUAUGGUAAUUUCAUCGACAAUAAGAACAAUCAAGAUUAUGAUGAGAAUAAUCCAGGAUAUGAAUGAAUGCUUCUUUAACUAAAUUAAGUUGUGAUUGCCUUAAUGGCAGACAGGUAUGGUUUUGAUUAUAUUAAUAUUCUGUCAGUUGUAAAUAUAUUAUGUAAUAGUUCAUAGAGUUGGUUAUCUUUUGAGACA